GAUAAAGAUGGCGGCUGACAGUGAUCCUGAGUGUGAGGUGUUUGAGAUUACAGAUUUCACCACCGCUUCUGAAUGGGAAAGAUUUGUAUCCAGAGUUGAAGAAACCCUGAAUGACUGGAAACUGAUCGGCAGUAAUGUCGGCAAGCCACCCGAGAAGGGAGAGUAUACCACAGGAACAUGGGAGGAUGAAUCACGGGAGAUCAACUUUGCAGAUUUCAAGUUCUCAAUCACACACCAUUAUCUGAAGCAAGAGUGUGUAGAGAGCGAGGGGAAAGAAGAUGGGGAGGAAGAUCCCUUUCCCCUGGCAAUGCAGGACCUGCUCUGUAUGAACAACGAUUUUCCUCCCAGGGCUCACUGCCUCGUCAGAUGGUAUGGAUUACGUGAAUUUGUCGUCAUUUCUCCUGGAGCGAACUGUGAGGCGAUCAUCAGUGAGUCCAAAUGCAACCUGCUUCUCAGCUCUGUCUCUAUAGCCCUGGCUAACACUGGCUGCCAGGUGCCGCUGUUCGUUCAGAUCCAGCAGAAGUGGAGGAAGAUGUACGCCGGAGAGUGCCAAGGCCCCGGGGUUCGCACCGACUUUGAGAUGGUGCAUCUUCGCAAAGUGCCCAGCCAGUACAACCACCUUUCAGGCCUGCUGGACAUCUUCAAGGCCAAAAUAGGAUGCCCGCUGACACCCCUACCACCCAUCAACAUCGCCAUCCGUUUUACCUACAUCGUCCAAGACUGGCAGCAAUAUUCCUGGCCACAACAACCACCCGACUUUGAUGCCCUGCUUGCUGGAGAAGUUGGAGGCGUUGAGUUUGGCAAACUACCGUUCGGUGCUUGUGAGGAUCCAAUAAGUGAGCUGCACCUCGCAACAACCUGGCCCCACCUGACGGAGGGCAUAGUCGUGGACAACGAUGUUUAUUCUGAUUUGGACCCACUUCAAGCUCCCCAUUGGUCGGUGAGGUUGCGGAAAGCAGACAAUCCCCAGUGUUUGCUCGGUGACUUUCUCAUGGAGUUUUUCAAACUGUGCAGUCGGAAGGAGUCCGCAGAUGAGAUACUAGGCAGACAUGCAGCAGAGGAGGAUGGCAAAGAAAACACUGACAUCACUCAGGCGCUGUCCAAGCUCACCGAGCCGACGACGGUGCCAAUCCCCAAGCUGUCCGUCUCCAACAUGGUACACAGCGCCCGCAAACGCAUCCGCCGGCACCGCAGGAACGAUCAGUCACCGCUUAACAACGACGUUCUCAAUUCCAUCCUACAGUAUCUUUUCCUGGAUGCGGCUGGGGAUAAAUCUGACGCAAGUGAAGCCAAAGCACCACAGUCAAAUCCAGGAGGGAAAAAUGAUCCAGAUAAAGAGACCGAGGACGGUAACCUGUUCAAUAUAUUAAAGUCAGCUCCGUGGGACAGUCUGACUUACAGGCUGGCACUGUGUGUGUGUCUGGUGAAUUUCUACCAUGGCGGUGUGAGAGCGGUGGCUCACUUGUGGCAGGAGUUCGUUCUGGAGAUGCGCUAUCGCUGGGAGAACAACAACCUCAUUCACGGGCUGCCUGGAGGCCCUCCAGAUCUAAGAUGUUGCCUGCUUCACCAAAAGCUCCAGAUGCUCAACUGCUGCAUCCAGCACAAGCAAACGAGGGACAAGACGCGGAAGGAUACAGCCGGUGAGAACGGGCCCUCGGUGCCCGAGCCCUCCCCGGGAAAGUCCUGGGACUCGUGGAGCGACAGCGAGGACGAGUUCUUCGAGUGCCUGAGCGAUGCCGAAGACAUGAAAGAGACGCCAGCGGACGGGGCCAAAGCAGGAGGAGCCAAAAUUAAGCCUGAGGGUCGACUACAGCCUCACGGCAAACUGACCCUGCUUAACUCCAAUGAGCCACUCUAUAUACCGGUCACACAGGAGCCUGCGCCCAUGACCGAGGACGUCCUGGAAGAGCAAUCGGAGGUGCUUGCCAAAUUGGGCACGUCAGCCGAGGGUGCGCACCUUCGCGCUCGCAUGCAGAGCGCCUGUCUGCUUUCAGACAUGGAGUCUUUUAAGGCGGCCAAUCCCGGCUGUUCCCUGGAGGAUUUCGUGCGCUGGUACUCACCGAGAGACUACGUAGAGGAGGAAGUGAGUGAUGAGGCGGACAGGAAGGUGGUGCAAGGAACACUCAGUGCCAGGAUGAAGAUCCCGGGCAACAUGUGGGUAGAGGCAUGGGAGAGUGCCAAGGCCACUCCAGCGCGCAGACAGAGAAGGCUAUUCGACGACACUAAAGAGGCAGAAAGGGUGCUGCACUAUCUGGCUGUGCAGAAGCCUUCUGACCUGACCCGUCACUUGCUAUCAUGCAUUCUUCAUGCUGCUCUGCUUAAAGUAAAGGAGGAAGAGUGUACUGAGGACAUCCCCUCGGUGCGCAAAACCCUUCAGCAGGUCACCUCUCACGCCAGCAAGCUUCUCCGCCACCCAAAUACUGAUUUCAAGAAGCUGGAGGAUACUAUUAACCAGAUCACAGCGCUAGAGGCCAUCAUUGCCCAGGCUCGCUCCCUCAGAACGAAGUUCGGCCUCGGGAAAGGAGAAAAAGGAGAGGGCACGGAGGAACUGGAGCGGUUUGUCAGCUCUCUGCUAGAAGAGCCAGAGGUGGCUGUGGUUGGCGGCGGACGGGGUCCGGCUGGCAGCAUCAUCCAUAAACUGUUCGUCAGCGCUCAGCGGGCCGCCCUGUUGGCUCCUCUGGAAGACGAGGCGAGUCGAGGAGGAGGUCCCGAAGAUCGCAAGCCAACUGGAGCGGGAGGCGGAAUUCCAGAUUUCCCACCGCCAGCUGGACGGGAGAUCCUGCUGCGAACCUGCGUACCACGGCCAGCGCCGUAUUCCAAAGCCCUGCCCCAGCGCCUGUUCUGCGUCCUGAUGAAGGAGGAUUUCCGUCUAGCCGGCGCGUUCUCGUCCGACACCUCGUUCUUCUGAAGAGAAGAGAACCACUGGCAAGAUGGAACAGAGGUGGAUUUUUUGGAAGGGAUCGACACAUUUUAGGGUGCUGAAAUGUGAGAGAAUAGUAGCAUGGGGGAUGGGGAUAACAUAGUCAACCAGUCUGUAUUCUUGUCAGUGUUGGACAGAGAUAAAGAAUUAUAGACUCAGUUAAAUAAAAGAAUUAAAGAUCC